UGCAUUCUUUUUUUUCAUUUAUUAUUAUGUGAGCUAACUUAAGUCAGCGUGUAUUAAAAAUAAUAAAAUAUUACUCGUAUCUCUUACAAAAAUAAUUUAGCGCUUUUACAUCUCAUAUAAACCGUUUCUAAUCCGUUUCAUCAUUUUUUAGGCUCUCAAGUCUAUUGCAAAAGAACGUGACAUACAUAUAUGAGUACUCUUUAGUAGAUUGCCCGUUUUCAGUAAUUGUUUUUCAGCUGAUGAAUAACGUUAAUACGUUCCUUUUUUACUCACAAGAGGAAGAACCAAAAAAGCUGUCGGUUUUUAAUACUCACGUUUUCAGUUGAUAAGUGACAAUACGUUAAAAGGAUGCUAAACCUAAAGCUGAACUUGCUCAACUAUAUUAUUUUUCGAGCGAGAGUCAAGUGGCACGCGGUCACGUGCAGAGCGAAGGGUAAGGGGAAUAACGCUACCAGGCGACUAGCGCUCUUUGUCCAACACAUUCGUGAAUAUAUCAUCUGUCUUUGUUCUUCGAUUGUAGUGCCAUCUGCGAAAAGAUCUAUCAACUAUGUUGGACAUAAUCACUGCUCUAUUUGCCGUUUAUAUUUUAUAUGUGCUAACCCAAAUGUAUACGCGUAUAACUAUUCAAUAAUUAAUAUUUGGCUUUUGAUUGGUACUCAGUCAGUGUUGUACGUUAGAAUUUUCCGCAUUUGGAAAAGUUUUUAUUUCAUAUAUACAAGCUACAGAACGUUAGUAAAAGACAAAAGUUAAUCCCGAGAAUAAAUCCACGAGUCAAAAGUAAGAGAAUUUUUAACUUUUUUUUGAUUCUCUAGUAAAAUUUCUCUUAUCCAAGUUUUUUUUUGUUGCGUACUUUUAUUUUACAAUAGAAUUUUGUGUUUUGUCGAACCAAUUCGAAGAUUAAAUUAUUUUGUGCAUUGAUAAUUCCCAUUGGUUUAGUAUCCUCUUAACCUUUUCGUAUUUCUGGUUUUUCCAAGAUUCCGCGUGAGAUAGUCGAACCGAACGGACGUGGUAUUGUAGCUCUCUGUGAUACCUGAGUGAGACGGUGCGGCGUGGUUGCGCGGGGGUGACGUGAGGUGUUGAGUUGAGUUAAGUUACUUUAAAAUAGCAGAUAAUUAAUAAAGGGCCCAAGAUACAUCAUGGCAAAUGUUCCCCCGGCCGGACGGGGGAGCAGAUUUAAUCCCUAUUCUAAGGAAGAGGUUAGAAGAGAAGUGGGUAGAGGAAAUAGGAGAAGAAGCAUGUCAUUGAGAAGCCAAGAUUCAAACGAGGCGGGACAAGAAGACGAAGAUUUUGCGGCAGAGGAGAGCGACGUAGAAAUAAUGGAUGUACAAAAAUGCGCUAAAAUAUUAGGCAUAGAAUCGGUUGAGACCUCGAAUUUGAAAAGUAGUGUGAUUCAAAGUGAACCAGUAGUGACAAAGGAAAAAUGUAGCGAGACAAUGGACAAGACGGUUAAAGGGGGGAAAGGUCACGCCGGUAUAAGUCAGGAAGUAAACAUGUUUACAGAUUGCGAGGGAAUAGAGAAAAGAGAGCAGGUAAAGGACAGGUCGAUAAAUAUGAAAUGUGAUAAGAUAACUAAACAGGGUACGUCUCAGGAACAUAAGUCAAAAGAAAUUGACAAUGACGGUAAUAUCUUACAAGAGAAAUACGUAGUAGUAGAGGGGGAAUUAAAGGCAAUGAAAGAUAUAGAAAAAAGUACCUAUGAUAAUCUAGUGAAAGAAAUCAAUAUACGAUUUGAUAGAUUUGCCCAGGGAGAAUGUAAAAUUAAAUGCAAGAUAUCACAGAGUCAUUGCACUUCUAGCAAAGGAAAAAAUAGCAUUAAGAUAUCGUUAUGGUGCAAUCAGAAUUUGAUUCGUCCGAUUAGUAUCGAUAUGAUUAAAUAUAACUUCGCAGUAUUAACUUUCAAAAAUGCGUUAGAUGCGAAUGCUUGUCUGGACAAACUUGAUAAACAAUCUAAUGGUUGGUUACAAGGUUUUGUUGAUUUUACAGAUACCUUUAGCAGGGGUGUAAUUACCGAUUGGCCGUACGAAAUUCCAGAGUUAUGGGAGAAUAUAGUAGAUAAAAAGGAUAUCUUCAGAAUAGAAAAAAUGAAGAAGAGAGUCUGGGAUCAGGGGACAAAAAAGUUCCAGACGCAAUUUAUAAACAAUUUUAUAAUCACCCUAAAAGGCAAAAGCAAGGAUAGAAUUAAGAUCUUUGAUAACUUAAAUAUUGGCUUGAGAAUCAGACCGUAUGUGGCUCCUGUGAUUCAAUGCUUUAAUUGUUUUAGAUUUGGCCAUUUCAAACACCAAUGCAAAAAUGAGGCUAGGUGCAUAGUAUGUGGGGACAACAUGCACGGCGAUUGUAAUAAACCAGAGGCAUGCAGGAAUUGUGAAGGCGCUCACCGUUCUACCAAAAGGAGUUGUCCGGUUGCUCUUAGAAAUAAGGAAAUUAAAACAAUCAUGGCAUAUAACAACGUUACAUUUUUCGAAGCAGAAAGAUUACUAAAGCUUAGUUUUGCAAACCAGAAUAUGACAAAUUACGACAGAUAUACGAACCCUUCAGCGUGGCCUAGGAUCGGGCACAAUAAUAAAGAGAGAGAAAAUGAGACGGAAAUAAAGAUAACCGAGUUUUCUCGUAAUACAAAUAAUGGCAAUAAUACUAAGGAAAACAAAACGACAGCAAAUCAUCAGGUAAACUAUAGAACUUAUUACAAAGAUAUAGAAAGAGACAGAGAAGAAGAGGAAAGACGACGACAAGAGAGAAGAGAAAUAGAGGAAAGGGAAAGGAGAAGACAGGAAAGAAGGGAGAGAGAAAGAGAGAAGCAGGAGUAAGACAGAGACAAGAACAUAUAAACUACUAUAAGCAGUUUGACAACACA